AUGAAAAAACAACGUUCUAGCCACAAAUAUUGCCAAGGACCCAAAGGAAUGAAUCUCAACAAAAAGAAACUAAUUUCUAUCCUUGUUUUGAUCCUAUCAAUCAUAUCAAUACUCAGGCUUCUGAGAAUCACUGUCCGUAUUUCAUCUUCUUCCCCUAGGCUAUUUGUUCUGUCUCCAGCUCCCCAACACAGCUCUCCACCAUCGACUACACACAACAAAGUUGCCCAACAUGCACCUGAGUCCUCAAAGCAGCCUAGAAGGCCUCCAAAUUCCACCCUAACAAGAAAAGAAUUCAAAGUUCUGUCAAAUCUCAUUGCUCUUAAAUCCCCUUGCAAUCUCCUCAUAUUUGGGUUUCAACCCCAGUACCUUGUCCUCUCUUCAAUGAAUGCAGCUGGAACCACUAUCUUUCUUGAGGAUGACCAUGAUAUGAUUAGCAAAGCAUCAAUAAACUCCAACAGCACUCGGACAUACAAACUCGGGUAUAAUGUGCCAGCAAAAGAAGCUUACAAUCAGCUCCGGCAUGCAAGGCAGAGCCAAGCUUGUGCACCAAACCACAGAUUGCUUCAAAGAUCAAAAUGCAAGCUGGCAUUGAAAAGUUUACCGGAAGAAGUGUAUGAAAAGAAUUGGGAUGUAAUUGUGGUAGACGGGCCCAGCGGGGAUUCACCAGAGUCACCGGGCAAGAUGGCUCCUAUAUACACUGCUAGUGUUCUAGCUAGAGCAGGAGAUGUUUCUGAUGUACUGGUACAUGAUGUAGAUCGUACGAUAGAGAAGUGGUAUUCCUGGGAGUUCCUCUGCCAUGAGAACUUGAUGAAUUCUAAAGGGAAAUUAUGGCACUUCAGGAUCAGAGGCCACUCCAAUUCUACGAUAUUCUGCCCUGACUGA